AUGGCGGCCCCGGAGGACGGUCAGGAGCCCCCUCAUGUCCUGUCCACUGUCACUUUCAAGUCACCGGAGACACCUGGAGCCUACCACCACCACGAGGCCCAGCUUCACCUCCACGGCCAUCAACAUGGCUUCCCCGGAUGCAGCCCUGGGGUGCUCUCCCAGCCACCACAGGAGGAGGAUCUCCGGGACGUGGAGGAGGUCCAGGCUGGCAGAGACACCUGCUGGCCAGAUCCCGAGUUGGAGCGCGAGCGGGCCCCGUCGUCUCCCCAGCCACACAAUCCUGAAGACGAGGUGGACCAGGACACGGGGGUGCUCAGGACCCUUCUGAGGAGCCUUCCCCAUAGACCCAAGUGUGGAGACAGCUUUGGGCAGGAGUGUAGCCUGGAGCCACCGGCAGGCCAGCCACCGGGGGCCGGGCCCCGCCCCCAGAAGAGAGGCACCUGGCGUGGGCCGCUUGGGCUGCAGGGAGCCUCGGGGACAGAGGGCGGCCCAGGGCGUGCCGCCGAGCUGGCGGGCAGCCUGGGCCGGGUCUCGGGCCUCGGGGCCCGGCAGGGUGGCCCACGGGGCGGGAAGCCGCACAGGUGUGAGGCCUGCGGCAAGAGUUUCCAGUACAACUCGCUGCUGCUAAAGCACCAGCGCAUCCACACGGGCGAGAAGCCCUACGCCUGCCACGAGUGCGGCAAGCGCUUCCGCGGCUGGUCGGGCUUCAUCCAGCACCACCGCAUUCACACGGGCGAGAAGCCCUACGAGUGCGGCCAGUGCGGCCGCGCCUUCAGCCACAGCUCGCACUUCACGCAGCACCUGCGCAUCCACAACGGCGAGAAGCCGUACGAGUGCGGCGAGUGCGGCCAGGCCUUCAGCCAGAGCUCCAACCUGGUGCGGCACCAGCGGCUGCACACGGGCGAGAAGCCGUACGCCUGCAGCCAGUGCGGCAAAGCCUUCAUCUGGAGCUCGGUGCUCAUCGAGCACCAGCGCAUCCACACGGGCGAGAAGCCCUACGAGUGCGGCCAGUGCGGCAAGGCCUUCCGCGGCCGCUCGCACUUCCUCCGGCACCUGCGGACCCACACGGGCGAGAAGCCCUUCGCCUGCGGCGCCUGCGGCAAAGCCUUCGGCCAGAGCUCCCAGCUCAUCCAGCACCAGAGGGUGCACUACCGGGAGUAGCGGGCGC